AUGCCAAGCCUCUCUGAAUAUAUAAAGGAAACCUUCAAGAGCAAUUUCAGAGUUACCCAGAAGAAGCAGAAGAAAAAGAUCAUCCAGCUCUGUCAGACAGAGACUGAACCAACCAUGCUUCUCCCUGCCAUUCACUUCUAUGGCUUUCUCCUAGCUUGCAUCUUCACGAAAAGCUACUUGGCUUUCAAGAACGAUGCCACAGAGAUACUUUAUUCACACGUCGUUAAACCUGCUGCGGCGAGCCCAAGCAGCAAUAGCACGUUGAAUCAAGCCCGGAACGGCGGCAGGCACUACACCAGCGCUGGAUCCGACCGUAACAAUCGUGUUCAAGUUGGCUGCCGGGAACUGAGAUCCACCAAGUACAUUUCAGAUGGCCAGUGCACCAGCAUCAAUCCGCUGAAGGAGCUGGUGUGUGCUGGUGAAUGCCUCCCUUUGCCACUGCUCCCCAACUGGAUUGGAGGAGGUUAUGGAACCAAGUACUGGAGCAGGCGGAGCUCGCAAGAGUGGAGAUGUGUCAAUGACAAAACUCGCACCCAGAGGAUCCAGCUUCAGUGCCAGGAUGGAAGUAUAAGAACCUACAAAAUAACUGUGGUCACAGCCUGCAAGUGCAAGCGAUACACCAGGCAGCACAAUGAGUCCAGCCACAACUUUGAGGGAACCUCUCAAGCAAAACCUAUCCAGCAUCACAAAGAGAGGAAAAGAGCCAGCAAAUCCAGCAAACAUAGUACGAGUUAG